AAUUACAACGAUCCACUAGGUAACGUCGACCAGGAGGAAAGACAUACAGAAAGGAAUUUACAUAGCUAGAAAUAAAUGACAGUGGAAUAUAAACACUGCUAAUUUGUACCACUAGGGGGAGCUAUUGAACAAGAAACCCUACCUAGAUAACGCAUAGCGGUUUUUACACUACAUUACCUAAAAACUAAUACAACUCAUUCUUAUUAUGAUAAAUAAAUCGUAAAGAAAGGUAAUCUAUCAUUUAAAUGGGUAGAAAAGGGUGUUCCGCCCAGUCUUUGGUUGUGCCAUACAGGAGGAUUUAACUUGGAUUGCCGCAGUGGAGAGUUCAUAGGAUUUGUGCCAGCUCAUCAACAUAUGAAUGCAUGCCCGUCCCUCCAUGCAUGCCAUUGCCAGUGCCAAGGGGUGACCGUGCCCCAUUGAAUGGCUCAGUGGAUGCGCUAUCCCCGUAGAUGCAGUUGAUCCAAGACCCCCAGUUUGGUUCGGCGAAAGUUUCUGCUGCUAUGGACUUUGGAGUUGUUUGACAAUGGCGUCGUGUAUGUAUCGCAUCCUAGCUACCUGAAUGGCAUGAUGACAGCGUGUGUUUGUGUUGAGUUAAGUCAGUGAUCUUAUUUGAAGACCUGGCGCAGCGCCACUCAAACAGUCACUCAUUGAUUUUUGAGCAAACGAAAAGUGUAUCUUGCAUUGCUGCAGGCGAGCCGGUGAGUACAAGUCUGAGGGAACACAACCACCUCCAGAACAGGUUAUAAACAGGUCGGGUCGGCUCUCCCCAGGCUGGCGAGGGGGGAAAGCAAGGGGUUAAUCCGAGACUUGACGGCCACUCCCAACCUCCAACUUCCAGCUGCUACCAGGUUGCCUGAGCAGCGGCGAUGACGUGAGUGGGAAUUAUUGUCGUACCCGCGGGAACGCCAUGAGAACACUUCUUAAAUAUAGUUUAUUCCGUGGGGAUUUUGAUGUGGGGAUGUAUCAGGGACAAUCGUAGGCAUUACAAAGGACCGUCUCCCCUCCCGCAGGACCAUGAGAGGACCUCGGCCGUGUACGUCAACGUAGCGCAACUCCGCCACAGCGCCUCGGAGCCACCGCCGCCGGCGUUGCCCGCGGCCAGCCGCGCGUCGCUGCUCCUGGACCCCGCCGACUGGGAGGUGCACACCGACCGGGACAGCGGGCAGGACUACUACUACCACCCCGCCAGCGGGCAGACCACCUGGGACAACCCCCUGCCGCCGGGCUUCCUCCCGGACGCCGACCCCCUGCUGCCGCCGCCGCCCCCGCAGCCGUACUCCCUGGACCUGCCGUCGCCGCUGCUGCUGCUGUCGCCGGCCGCGUCGUCGGCGUCGUCGUCGGCGCCCACCUCGCCCGCCUGGACCCCCGACUGGGAGCGGCUGGUGGACCCGAGCAGCGGCCGCCCCUACUUCUACAACGCCAUGUCGGGGGAGACGUCCUGGGACGAGCCCCUGAGCCCCUACCCCUCCCCCACCGACCCCCCCAGGGCCUUUGAGGACGUGCUGCCUCCCUUCCCCGAGGAGGACUACCCCCCCGGGGACUACGCCGAAGACCCUCUGGGGGAGGUGCUGGAGGACCCAGAGGACUCCUUCCCCCAGGAGUUCACCCUCGGCCACGUGACCCCGGCCUCCCUCCCCAGGGCGGCCCUCGACCGCAGCGCCCCCGCCGGCUGGGCCCUCAGCGUGGACCCCGACGGGACCUGGGUCUUCACCAGCGAGCACUCCCAGGAGCAGUGGAUCAAGUCUCUGGACGAGCACGGGCAGACCUACUACUAUACAAGGGACGGCUCCAAGUCUCAGUGGCACCUACCCGAGGCUCAUGUAUUUGUAGGCAAAGUAGGGAAUGGAGUGGAGGCAGACAGCGUCUUGAAGAACUGGAGGCACACCAUGGGUCCUCCGCAGCUCGGCCUGGCCCCAGAGGAAGAGAAGUUUUUCCCGGGCCACCGGAGGAACAUGUCGGACUACGGCAGCGACACCUCGAGCACGGGCCACUCCCCGGACACCCAGCACCAUGUGCAGAACCUGGAGAAAGCUGGGAUUCUCAACAAAACUAAAGUGUCCGAGAACGGUAAAAAAGUGAGGAAGAACUGGUGCCAGUCAUGGACCGUCCUCCACGGAGGGGUGUUAACCUUCCACAAAGACCCCAAGUCCACCACAAGUGGAGCCUCGAACAAGACCAAUCAGAUCGUCCCAGACGCUGCGGUGGACCUGCGGGGAGCUGUGAUUGGCUGGGCCUCCAGAGAGAAAUCUAGCAAAAAGAACGUCUUAGAGUUAAAAGGUCGGAACGGUGUUGAGUUCCUCGUUCAGUACGACAACGAGGGCAUCAUCAACGACUGGCACAAGGUCCUGGGUGACACCAUUCGACAGCUUGAGUACCAGGACCACCACUCAGAGGAGGAGGAAGGAGAGCUGUUGGAGAAGCCCUGCAUAGCGGACAUUAACCGGGAGGACCGGGGAGGCACCACGGAGAAGCAUAGGAGAAGCACACGGCCCAGCUCGUCUAGCAACGUCCCAGAGGAGAUGGACCAGAAGAAGGUCCGGAACAAGCUCAUCAAGUUCCUCAUGAAGCGGCCCACGCUGCAGUCUGUGAAGGAGAAGGGCUACUUCAGAGAGAACGUGUUUGGCUGUCACCUGGCCACGCUGUGCGCCCAAGAGAGGACCACGGUUCCCAGCUUUGUGGAGAAAUGUGUUCGAGCUGUAGAAAGGAGAGGUUUGGACAUCGAUGGCAUCUACAGAGUCAGUGGGAAUCUAGCCGUCAUACAGAAGUUGCGUUACAAGGCUGAUCAUGAGGAACUUGACCUGGAAGACGGCCAGUGGGAAGACGUUCAUGUCAUCACCGGAGCAUUGAAAUUAUUUUUCCGAGAGCUUCCGGAACCCCUGUUUCCUUUCAGCCACUUCAACGGUUUCAUUGCAGCCAUCAAGUCAAACGAUUACAACGCAAAAGUGUCUUACAUGAGGGAUUUGGUCAAAUCCCUUCCUCAACCGAACCACGAUACCAUGAAACUCCUGUUCGGCCAUUUGCACAGGGUCAUCAAAUACGGAAACGACAACAGGAUGACGGUGCAGAACGUGGCCAUCGUGUUCGGGCCCACCCUGCUGCGGCCGGAGGUGGAGUCGGCCAACAUCGCCAUGCACAUGGUGUUCCAGAACCAGAUUGUGGAGCUCGUCCUCAACGAAUAUGAGACCAUCUUCAGCUAGGGGAACAAUGACCCCGGUGGGGAGGGGGGGGGGGUGAACACAGCAAACAAAGUGUUUGCCGGCGGAACACGUGAAACCUGAGCAUCACUUUGUUUAGCGGCAGGACAGCCUCAAGCGAGUGACACCUGCGAUGUUAAUAGAUAUUAUAUAAACAGCCGGGGGCCAUGACAGUAGGGACUAACGUUUUCGGACCCCGGUCUUGCUUUCCUUUUAAAGGCUUGCACUAUUUUGAAGAAAUACACAUUUUUAUGCAGUAUUUUAUGAUUGGAAAACAGAAACAUCGUUCACAUUGGGGGGGGGGGGGUCUCUGUUUCUAAUCUCUAAGCAAGGUGGUGGAGGAGCGUUAGGCUUCGCUGUCCCUCUUUCAGCUUCCCACAGACCAAGCGACUCUCUGCUCCAGCCGUCACGCAGGGCGACGGGCAGGCUGCUGUUUCGCUGUAGUCCGCAUUAAUGUGUUAUAAUAUUAAUACUGCCUUGUAAUGGAGCAUCUAUAGAAUCUCACUGUGCCCUGGAAAGAUGCAAUAAUAUUAAGUUGUUGUCAAAGGAUCAAACAAAUGCGUCCAUGUUUCUUUUUGUCUGUCUUUCUGUUGUCUUAAAUCUAUAGAUUACUUUUUAAUGUUGGCAUGGAUCUGAAGUGAGUGUAUAUUUGAUAUGGUGGUCGUUUGGUCUUCUAUUCUCAUUUUCACAUAUUAGAACUAUUAUUGUAAUAUAGUAAUGUAUAAAAUAUUAAAACAGCUGUGAAUUAUAUAUUGACAAAGCCUACUCUUCAGUGUCUAGAUUCCUCUUGAAUGGAUGGUUCGUCUUUCUAUAACCUGCUGUAUGGGCUUUGUAUAAUGACUAUAGCAUAACAUACUGUUACCUUUUUGAAAAGUCUGUAAGUAAAACCAGGGAGAUACCUGGACUAUAAUGAGAUAAGCUCGAUCAUAUAAGAGAUGUGUGCCUGUAAAUACAAAUAGGGAGCAUAGAGUUGCUGACGAAGCAGCCGAUGCCCAGACUUCUCUUUAAUAAAGAAUAACUUUGUACAAAUAAAUUGUGAUUAUUCUUUCAAAUAACUGAAUAAAAUAUAUUUAAGUACUUUAUUAUUUGAGUACUUUAUUCAUCCCGAUGGAAAAUGUUUAUAUUACAAUAAAUAAUUUGUAAUCAUAGCUACCUAGCUUCAUACGUUGUUUCAUUAUAUUUGUGAUGUUUAAAAUAAAUAAAUAACCCAUGGAAUUUAUUCGAUUGAGGGGUGGUAGGAAACAAAAUGGCAGAAGGGACAGCUAAAGCUGCACUGUCUGAAGUGAUGGGAAGAGAUAGGAAGGCAUUUUCCAAAUCCCGGGAAAGAUAAAUGGGAGACGGAGGGAAGUGCCAGGAAAAAUAACCGAAGGGAGGAGGUGUUACUAGAAUGAGAUCGGGGCAGUGGGCUUUAGGAAUGGGGCUCUAUCUAGUAAGGAAACAUCUGGAUGGUAUGACGUAUGUUUGUGGAGCAUAAGAAAGUGUCAAA